AUGUCGACAACCCGGUACACUGUACCUGUCCCCGAAUCGACGCUAAUCUUGGAGACUCGUCAACAACUCAAUGAUAUGGCAAUGCAAUUCCCACUCGGAACGGUGGACGACAGGAAUGGAGGCUAUUAUCUCCUCGACCACGAUACUACUGUUUUAGCUGUUGCGUCUGAUCCUCUCUGUGAGGAACUGGAUGCUUCAAUGGAGGCAGCAAAACGGUACCACAACGCCCAUCCAGAAAUUGACGAAGAGAGCAAAUCCGUUGCACCUUAA